UCCUCUCCAUUAUUCACUAAAACAAAAAGUAGAAAAAGUUAGAGAGAAAAAGAGAGAAUCGGAGAGAUGUCGGUGACGUCAACGGUGGAGGAGAACCACCGGAAAAAUCCAUCGACGGCGGCGGAGAAGACGGCGGAGAAGAGGAGAAGGAGAUGGGUGUUCUGGGAAAGAAAGUGGAGGAGAUUAGAUUACUUCAAAUUAUCGGCGUCGUUGUUUGUGCAUUCAAUGGCGCUUUUGGCUCCGUUUUAUUUCAAAUGGUCAGCUCUUUGGGUUACGUUUUUGGUUUAUACGAUCGGUGGUUUAGGUAUUACGGUGUCGUAUCACCGGAACUUGGCUCACCGGAGUUUCAAAGUCCCUAAAUGGCUCGAGUAUCUCUUUGCCUAUUGUGCUCUUCUCGCUAUUCAGGGAGAUCCGAUUGAUUGGGUGAGUACACAUCGAUAUCAUCAUCAAUUUACGGAUUCAGAAAGAGAUCCACAUAGUCCUAAAGAAGGUUUUUGGUUUAGCCAUCUUCUCUGGAUUUAUGAUUCUGCAUAUCUUGUGGAAAAGUGUGGAAGAAGAACAAACGUGGAUGAUUUGAAGAGGCAAUGGUUUUAUAGAUUUCUACAGAAAACGGUGCUUUUUCACAUUUUAGGACUUGGGAUCCUUCUCUUCUAUCUUGGUGGCAUGUCCUUCGUCACUUGGGGAAUGGGGGUAGGAGCAGCAUUGGAGGUGCACGUGACAUGCCUCAUAAACUCACUUUGCCAUAUUUGGGGCACUCGAACAUGGAAGACCAAUGACACUUCUCGUAAUGUUUGGUGGUUAUCGGUAUUUUCAUUUGGAGAAAGUUGGCACAACAAUCACCAUGCGUUCGAGUCGUCUGCGAGACAAGGACUAGAGUGGUGGCAGAUCGACAUUUCUUGGUACAUUGUUCGGUUUCUUGAGAUUAUCGGUUUAGCAUACGAUGUGAAGCUGCCAACGGAAUCUCAACGACGUCGUAUGGCUAUUGUUCGUUGAACUGCUGCGGGAGAGCAAACAAAAAGAAAAAAAAGGGAUCUAUUCUAUGUAAUUAGAAUAAUUUCUAAUCCUAAAAGAGUCAUUUGUUUUUUUCUUUUUCUUUUUUUACUUUUGAAGUUUUGGGUAACGCGAUGAACGUUUCCGAUGUGUUUGGUGUUUGGACCAAGUUGAUUAAGAUAUUUGUCGUAAUUUGGUACUUAUUAAUCCAUAGUGGGGGGUAAUUUUAAUACUUUAAUUACUGGUCUCUUUCUCUAUGUGAGACUAUUUGUUAUUAUAUUUUAUCUAAAAAUAUC